GUUGCUAUUGCUGUUGCUGUUGUCGUAGCUUGUUCUGCCACUCUUUUCGGAACAACACGACCGUCAUUCAUUUGUUUCCUCAUUCCCUGGAUCUCAUCCACCAAUUCACUCUUUCAACUAAUCUGUCCAGCUCAGUCCCUCAUUUCCUCGGAACAACCAACAUGACUCGCUUUCUGUCUGUAAUCGUCACCCUCUGCGCCUACGCGCACUGGGCCCUCGCCGCCCUGACCUCCGACCAAAUCGCCAAUUCGCUGAACGAGCUGGCGCAGCAAGGCUUCGCCGCCAAGGAUCUGGUCUUGGAGAUUUAUUCCACCGCGGACGCUUCCCCUAUUCAGGACGUCUACGCCGAAAUGAGCACCAUCGUCAUCGAGGUCCUCCAGAACGUCAACUUCAUGACCAAUACCCCCGUCAUCGCCGACCAGGCCGAGCAGCAGCUGGUGUACGAGGGGUACUCCAACUUCGUCCAAUCCCUCCUCGAACUCAUGGACGCCUUCGCGACCAGCGCGACCAAGUUGAAGUCCCUCGAUGAGUCGACCAAGGAUCGCGUGCCGUCGAACGUGCGCACGCUGGAAAGUGCUGUGGAUGCAUACUUCUACAACAUCAUCGGCCUCUUCCCCGCCAACAGCUCCUACAACGCCCAGGCCAACAACCAGAAGGCCCAGGUGGAUACCCACUGCUUCCAGGCGAUCUGGGCGUUCGAUGCCACCGCGGCGAGCCAGACGGCGACGACGACGGCGCAGCAGUCGCGGAGUACUGGGCUGCUCGGCUUGCGUCGUCGGGGGGUAUAUCGCGCUUAGUCGGGUGGUUCUUCCUAAGCUUAUGGGUGAGGAUGAGUGAGGGGAUGGAUAGGCGAAAAACCCCAGGCAUCUGUCCCGAUAUCCUUUUUGGCCGUUCUUUGGGCUCUGGCUGGACGUGUUUCUUUUAUCUUGUCGAUAUAGUUGUGUAUAUUAUAUCUUUGUAAUGAAGAGGAUGUUGACUGGACGCGUACUGGGUUAUCUGCCGGUCGGAUGUCGAGGAGAAGCAUUUGCGCGGUGUCUGAAGUGGAAGCGUAACCGUGGAAUACGAAUUGUGGGCUUGGCAGUCGGGUGACAUCAGUUCUGGGGCUACUCUCCUGGCGCGUCGCUUCAACGCGGUUAGAAGAUACUAAGUCUAUACCGCUCAGAUCAGCUGACCCAGUGUGACCGCUUUA